AUGUAAUGGUGGAUUCCCAUCUGCUGCUUGGUCAUUCUGGGUCAGCAAAGGAUUGGUGACUGGUGGUCAGUAUGGAACCAAUGAAGGAUGUCAACCUUAUAGUCUACCACAUUGUGACCACCAUGUAAGUGGCAAGUAUGACCCCUGUGGAGAUAUUGGACCCACACCCAAGUGUAAAAAAGAAUGCGAGUCAGGAUACAAUCAGACUUAUCCUCAGGACAAACAAUAUGGUUCUACAUCUUACGCUGUUGGCUCUGAUCCACAACAGAUUAUGGCUGAGAUUCAGAAAUAUGGACCUGUAGAGGGCGCUUUCACAGUGUAUGCUGAUUUUCCUAGCUACAAGAGUGGUGUAUAUCAACAUGAGACUGGUGAAGCACUUGGUGGUCAUGCUAUUAAGAUACUAGGAUGGGGAAAUGAAGAUGGACAUGAUUAUUGGCUUGUUGCCAACUCUUGGAAUGAAGACUGGGGAGACCAAGGAUUUUUCAAGAUUCUGAGAGGAGUUGAUGAGUGUGGCAUCGAAAGUCAGAUAACAGCGGGAUCGCCAAAACUGUAGUUUGGUUUUGUUUCCUUCCAUAUCAGCCUUGUUUGCAUGGCUAUCCUUCAUGUAUCUUGCAUAUACAUGUAUCAACAAUAAUUAUAAGCAGAUGAUUUUCUAUGUCCUUAAUAACUUGUUUGCAAUUCCUGUGGAAAUGAUUGUAUGCACAUUUUGUAUGCCAUUAAUGUUGCCAUCUUACAGAUGUACAGUACUUCAUGGUAGAAUGCUACUUGUGAGAUUUUUACAUGUGAGCAAAUGGCAAUAAUUCAUGUCACAUUUCGUCUACAAUUUAUCAUUUUAUUAUUAGUAUGUGAACUUUUUCACUUCACUGUCAAUCUGUUUUUUUUUUAGAAAAAAUGUAAAAUAAUAAGCAUAAAAUGUAAGAUACUAUAUAACUGUUUUUUUUCACCAUAUAUCACUAUGAAAAUUCCAAGAUAUUGAGAUAUACUAUUAUCCUUGCCAUGGGAAACGAUGGUAAAAUUCCCCAAAUCAGACAAAACAUGAUAUUUUCAUCCCAUUUUGUACAUUCUUCAUUUUUCUUCGAACGAAG